AGUUUCUGCUUCGACCAACAAACGGCCUCCAAUAUGGCAAACAAUUCUGAACUGGUUAGCAAAUUAAAACAUAUACUGGCCAAGCGCGAUGAAGAGCAAGUCCAGCUGCAGGAGCUGAACGGACGCUUCGCCUCCUACAUCGAGAAGAUCCGCUCCUUGGAGCAGAAGAACCAGAAACUGGGGAUGCAGGUAAAGCAGCUGCAAAGCCACAAGUCAACGCGUGUCACUGAGCUGUAUGAGGAGGAAAUCAACAACCUGAGGAUGGCGGUGCAGAACCAGAACCAAUACAGUUCAAGAUUGGAGUUCAAGCUAGAAGACCUGAAAGAAAGGCUGCAAAAGGCGAAUGAUGAAAAAGAAGAAGCUUUGAAAAAACUGGAUUCUUUAAAGGAGGAUUUGGAUGCUCCCACUCUGGCCAGCAAGGGUUUGGAAGCAGAGAUUAAAUCUCUCCAAGAUCAGCUUGCUUUCCAGAAAAAAAUCCAUGAAGAGAAAACUCAGGAGAUCCAGGAGCUGAAGAUUCAGUUCGAGGAGAUGAUGAAUGAUGUCCAGACCGAUGCAGCCAAUUCUGACCUGGCAGCGGUGCUGCGGGAGCUGAAGUCACAGUUUCAGAACACGGCCAACACUAAGAGCCGUGAGACAGAGGAGAGGUAUAAAUCCAAGAUUUCGGAAUUGACAGAGACGGUAAAUACUAAUAAUGAAACCCUGAGGAAGUUAAGCCAGGAGAACACAAAUCUCAAAAACCAGAGCCAGAAAAACCUGAGCAAGAUCAGCUCUCUGACAACCACGAUAGAAGAAAUGGAGGAAAGGAGUCAAACCCUUCAGGAAACCAUCACAACUCUUAAGGCUGAGAAAAACAAGAUGAAGGAGGACAUGGAGGAAUCCCACGAGACAGAGAUUCAAACCCUUCAGGAGAAAAUCACAACUCUUGAGGAUGAGAAAAACAAGAUGAAGGACGACAUGGAGAUCCAACUCCUUGAGUACCAGGACCUGCUGAAAGAGAAGGGGGACCUGGAUAAGGAGAUCGCUGUAUACAGGGCGCUGCUGGACGAGGAAGAGAACAGAACACAAGCGAACCCAGUGGAGGAAAAUCCUAGAGACAGACCCAAGCCCCAAACUUCUGAUCCUAGCUCACAGUGAUUCUCAGCAUGCACAACAUCUUCUGCUGGACUCUGAGCGCCAAACAGCUUCAAGUCAAAUAAAACGUCUUAACUGCUCAGUCCCACUUAAAAAGAUAAAGGUGGAUGCUUACCUGUCUUCAUCAGUUACUUGGUUUGCAGGAAACAGCAGAAAGGUCCAGUGAAGAUGGCGCCUCAAGCUCAUAAAACUCUCAGUGCAGGUUCAUCUCUGCAAUAAGCUUCCAUGCUGCAAACAUUAGUUAGGUCUCCUUCUGUUAGUGGGAUUAGCUUCACAGUGCUCAAUAUCCAUUCAUUUUGCUAAUAAUGCUAACACAUUAGCAACUACAAAACACUGUACUGCAAAUUGCUGGUUGAAAAAGACACAGAAGUUUAAAAAUAAUUACAGAGUUGAUAUCUGUAGGACAACUGUUGAGUUAAAAGUCUAAAACUUUUUUUACAAACCAUAUUUUUCACUUUCAACUUAUUACCUAGGGUCACUUCCUGUUUCCUCUUAAUUCUCCUCCCACUUCCUGUAUACUGACCAAUGGAUAACAGGUACAUUUCUUAAGCCCUACAUCACUUCCUUCUACAAUUAUGAGCCCAAUAAAAUUAAACAAAAUAUGAGGCAAAGUAAUUUGUUGCUUUCAGAAUUUAAAACUAAAAUUCUAAAAAUGUGAGUUUUUUAAAGUUUUUUAAAUUAAGUUUUUAAAUCCAAAAAUGGAUUCUCAAGCAGAGCAACAGUGUUCGGGUUUUAACACUCAUUCUCAUCUCAUUCUUAAUGUUCCCCUGAGGUUUGACAUAAUUCUGGUCACAUAAAAUAAUAUGAAGUGCUAAAAGUUCUAGUUCUUGUAAAGUGGAGAAUAACUGUUUCCAAUCCUGCACACAAAGCUCUCAUUUCACAUAUGAAGGUUUGAAACAUGUAAAUAACUUUCAGAAUCUGUUUUACUUCACAUAAAUUUUAUCACAAUACUUUCUUUUGGAAAUUAUCCUCAUAAAAUAAGCCAGUCUAAGAAUCUGCCUCACAUUUUGCUUUUAGUAAGGUACUUAAAAUUAAUUACAUCUCAUCCAAUCUGUAUGAUUGGAUGAAACUCUGCAUGAAAACAACGCCAUAAAAUUCCAGUUUCCACUAAACUGAGGUAAAAAUUGCUGUGCAUUAUUAUCCCAAUUUUGCCUAUUUAUUGUAAGUUUCAAAAUCUUUGUUUAUUAUGCAAGAAACUGGUCAUUAAUUAUGUGAUUAGUCAUAACUUCUGAUUAAUCUUUUUUAAUCACAUCCCAAUACUAAUUGAUGCAAUACAAACUGAUGUAA